UGCUGAGAGAGAGUGACACAUGGUGGUGUUGGUGGAGUAGAGAUGGAUAAAUCCUGACCCUCGGAUCCUUCAUGCAGUGUCCCAUAUAACCGAAAAUAAUCUCAGAAGCAAGAGAGAAGAGAUAAGCCCUUGAAGCUCCGGCAUCCAUGGCGGCUCGCAGAUUCUCCCCUCUCUUCUUUCGGUCUCUCUCUGCUCCUUCUUCCUCUUUUCUGACCCGUUCUUCAGGGAAAAAUGGCUUCAGUGGAAGAAACAGCAAAGGGUUCGCGACAACAGCUGCAGCUGUUGAGGAAAUCAUCAAUCCCCCGGUUCAAGUUUCUUACACCCAGCAUCUCAUCAAUGGAAACUUCGUCGAUUCAGCUUCCGGUAAGACGUUCCCGACUCUUGACCCGCGAACGGGUGAAGUCAUUGCUCAUGUGGCUGAAGGCGAUGCCGAGGACAUUGAUCGGGCAGUGAAGGCUGCUAGGAAGGCCUUUGAUGAAGGGCCUUGGCCAAAAAUGCCGGCUUAUGAAAGGUCGAGAAUAUUGCUGAGAUUCGCCGACUUGGUCGAGAAAAACAGUGAAGAGCUUGCGAUUCUGGAGACGUGGGACAAUGGGAAGCCUUAUGAGCAAUCCUCAAAAUCUGAAAUUCCGAUGCUUGCCAGAUUGUUCCGCUACUAUGCUGGUUGGGCGGACAAGAUUCACGGCUUGACAGUUCCAGCUGAUGGAAACUAUCAUGUCCAGACGUUACACGAGCCAAUUGGUGUGGCUGGACAAAUUAUCCCGUGGAACUUUCCGCUUCUAAUGUUUGCUUGGAAAGUUGGCCCGGCUCUUGCUUGCGGUAACACCCUUGUCCUCAAAACCGCAGAACAGACACCUCUUACCGCUUUGUAUGCUGGAAAGCUUUUUCAUGAGGCGGGUCUUCCUGAUGGUGUUCUGAAUAUAGUUUCUGGGUAUGGUCCGGAGGCGGGUGCUCCCCUAGCCAGUCACAUGGAUGUAGACAAGCUUGCUUUCACCGGGUCAACUGAAACAGGCAAGGUGGUUCUUGAAUUAGCCGCGAAGAGCAAUCUCAAGCCGGUAACCCUUGAACUCGGAGGAAAAUCACCGUUCAUUGUAUGCGAGGACGCUGAUAUCGAUAAAGCUGUGGAGCUUGCACACUUUGCCCUGUUCUUUAACCAGGGGCAAUGCUGCUGUGCCGGGUCACGCACGUAUGUCCAUGAACGAGUUUACGAUGAAUUUGUAGAGAAAGCUAAAGCACGAGCAUUGAGACGUGCUGUUGGUGAUCCCUUUAAGAAAGGCAUCGAACAAGGCCCCCAGGUGGACUCAGAGCAAUUCGAGAAGGUGAUGAGGUACAUAAGAUCGGGGCUCGAAAGCGAUGCCGUUCUUGAAUGCGGCGGUGAAAGGAUCGGUAACAAAGGAUACUUCAUCCAGCCAACAGUCUUCUCCAAUGUUAAGGAAGACAUGCUUAUCGCUCGAGAUGAGAUCUUCGGUCCAGUCCAAUCGAUUCUGAAAUUCAAGGACUUGGACGAGGUGAUACAGAGGGCGAACAACACAAGGUACGGGCUUGCGGCCGGGGUUUUCACGAGGAGCCUCGAGACAGCGAACCGGAUGACGAGGGCGCUGAGGGCUGGGACGGUGUGGGUGAACUGCUUUGACGUUUUCGACGCGGCCAUUCCAUUCGGUGGAUACAAGAUGAGUGGCAUUGGUCGAGAAAAGGGUAUAUACAGUCUCCACAAUUACUUGCAGGUCAAGGCAGUUGUUGCUCCCCUCAAGAAUCCUGCUUGGAUUUGAAAUAUAUAUAUAUAACUGCUUCUUGUGUGUUUUCUUAAAAAAAUAUAUAUAUAAAAAAUAAAAAUAGAAACUAGAAAAGGUUUGUGGUGAAUGAUCCAAAUAAAAAGCUUACAGGGGAAACAAUGGUGUUCGUGUGAUGUUUGGUUUUUUGUUUUCUCUGUUGGGUUGUAAACGAUGGUUUUAAUCACAUAUUGUUUUUCUGUAGAA